UUUUUUGACAUCCUCCGUACGACAUUCCGACAUACUCUUUCCAUUUGAAGUUUCGCCAGCCGAAAGCACGUUGUAGACAAAAUUUUUUGAGAACUAUGGCAGAUACAGAAAUGAUUGUCGAGAAAAAAAAGAAGAAAAAAUCGAAAUCGCUCGAUAGCUCAGUUGUGGAAAUUAAGUCGGAACCAAUGGAUCUGGGCGAAAUCCAAAAAUCCGGCGAUUUCAAAAUCAAACCUUCCGAUAAGGUUGCUAAACUAGACACGUCCCAAUGGCCACUGUUGUUGAAAAAUUUCGAUAAAUUGAACAUCCGCACCAAUCAUUACACGCCGCUGCCGAACGGUGCAUCACCGUUGAAUCGCGACAUAACAGAAUACAUCAAAUCCGGUUACAUCAAUCUGGACAAACCGGCAAAUCCAAGUUCGCAUGAAAUAGUGGCUUGGCUGAAACGUAUUUUAAAAGUGGAAAAGACUGGCCAUUCCGGCACAUUGGAUCCGAAAACAACAGGUUGUCUUAUCGUUUGCAUUGAUCGUGCAACGCGUCUCGUCAAAUCGCAACAGAGCGCCGGCAAAGAGUACGUGGCCGUAUUCAAAUUACACGGUCCCGUCGAAUCUCGGGCGAAAGUCGAACAAGGAUUGGAGAAAUUACGCGGUGCCCUAUUCCAGAGACCUCCGUUGAUAUCAGCCGUCAAGCGACAGCUUCGCGUCCGCAGUGUGUACGACAGUAAACUGUGCGAUUACGAUAUGGAACGAAAUAUGGGUGUUUUUUGGGUGAGCUGUGAGGCUGGAUCAUACAUUCGAACGAUGUGCGUGCAUUUGGGGCUUGUGCUGGGUGUCGGUGGCCAGAUGUUGGAAUUGCGUCGUGUACGAUCUGGUAUCCAACACGAAAAGGACGGUUUGGUGACGAUGCACGAUGUUAUGGAUGCCAUGUACUUGUAUGAUAAUCACAAAGACGAAAGUCUGUUGCGACGAGUCAUUCGGCCGUUGGAGGGGCUGCUCAUUAACCAUAAACGAAUCAUUAUGAAAGACAGUUCGGUGAAUGCUGUGUGCUACGGUGCCAAGAUUAUGUUGCCCGGUGUGUUGCGCUAUGAAGACGGUAUCGAAAUGGACGAGGAAAUCGUUCUGGUCACCACCAAAGGAGAAGCGAUUGCUCUAGCCAUUGCUCAAAUGACCACUGCCACUAUGGCGAGUUGCGAUCAUGGAGUCUGUGCUAAAAUUAAACGAGUCAUUAUGGAACGUGAUACAUAUCCGCGAAAAUGGGGUCUCGGACCGAAGGCAUCGCAAAAGAAAUCGCUGAUAACGGCCGGCAAAUUGGAUAAAUUCGGCAGACCGAAUGAAAAUACGCCCAAAGAAUGGUUGACCAGUUUCGUCGAUUACCGUACAAAUGGCACAAAAACUGAACCGACAACACCCGCAUCGGAUGAGACCACAAGCAAGCGAAAACUCAGUGUCGGUGACGAUUCACUGAACGAUUCGGCGAUAGCACCGGAAGAAAAAUCAGAGAAGAAGAAAAAGAAGAAAAAGAAAGCCAAUCCGGAAGAAGAGGAGCAACCACAAGCGGAUGUCACGUUGACCGAACCGUUGGCAGUUACGUGCGAGGGUGAAAAUGGCGAAAAGAAGGAGAAAAAGAAAAAGAAGAAAAAGGACAAGGACAAAGACAAGUCUCAGGAAGAAGAAUAGAGUUUUAAGUUUUAUUAAAGUUGGAAUAUUCUUCGGAAAUCAAUUUAAUUUAAGCCGUAAGAUUCGUAUGCAAGAAGCUCCGGUACAAAUUCGAUAAUGCUGUGACUAUAACACCAUGUUCAGAUGAAGCACGCACGCGUGCUACUAUACUUAAAACGCUGUCGCGGCAUUACCUUUGAUGGCUUCUGAAUUAGAUUUUUUUUUUUUUAAUGAACAUUUUAAAGUGAUGAACGAUUUUAUUGUUAAGUUGAUUCAAACAUUUACACAUUUGUCCUGUUUGAUGGCAAACAGACCGCAAUUUUAAUUAUUUUUUUUAAAAAAAGAAAAUUUCUCUAGAAAUAAAAGAUGGAAAU